ACAUUUCCACUCAAAAUUCUAUUUUUUCCUUUUCAAAUUAACUUAAUGGAGGCAACUGCAAUUGCACUGCGUCGUCUUUCUCUUAUCUCUUCUCAUUUUCCCACUCAUUGUUCCUCUUCUUCUCAAUUGACAGCUUUCAAUUGUAGCUCAACUACAAAUGAAGAAGAUAAUCAAGAAAUUGGUUGUGUCUUUUGUCUUAUUGUUCGAGGCAAAUCACCUUCCUUAAAGGUCUAUGAAGAUGAUGUAUGCCUUUGCAUUUUGGACGCAAACCCAUUGUGUUUUGGGCACUCACUUGUCAUCCCAAAGUCUCAUUUUUCUUCUUUGCAAGAAACUCCACCAUCAGUUGUUGCUGCCAUGUGUUCAAAAGUGCCUUUGAUUAGCAGUGCAGUCAUGAAAGCCACUGGUUGUGAUUCAUUCAACCUGUUAGUUAACAAUGGGGCGGCUGCUGGCCAGGUUAUAUAUCACACCCAUCUUCAUAUAAUUCCACGUAAAGCAAGUGAUUGCCUAUGGACUUCUGAGAGCUUGACUAGAUGUUCGCUGAAGUCAGACGAGGCCCUGAAACUUGCAGAUGAUAUUCGAGAAAAUUUAUCAUUUUCAAACAACUAUGAAGAUAACAAGGGGCAUGGACCAAGUCUCGUUGUGAACUAAGAUAUUGCACACAUGUUUGUAAAACUUGUGGCGGAUCUAAGACGUGUUCCGUCUUUUAGGUCGAAGUAUAUGCAUACAUAUGCAAAAAGAAAAUACAUGCGUACAUAUCAUGUGAUAAACUAAUUCUGAAUUCACCGACUCUAGAUCUUGAAUUUGCCUAUGUUGUAAACUAUGAUAAAAACAUGGGCAUACGGGAUGUGCUUUCGACUCGUUGUCCCUUUUGUUUCCUGAUUCAGUUGCAGGACUGGAGAAAUGAGCUGCAUUUGUUGUAAA